AUGCCGCGCGCGCGCCGCGUGAUCCUGCCGGACGCCUCGCACUCGGCGCUGCUCGAGCGAGGCGUGGAUCUGGUGCAGAUCCUGCGCCACAACGCCGUGCUGCCGGCGCGCCACGGACGGCAGGCCGAUCAGGACGGGGGGCACGCGGGGGGCGCGCGGGGCGCGGAGGAGGACGCGUGGGACGAGGGGAGCCGGAGCGACGGCGUGGGGCCGACGGGCGUGCCGCGUGCGACGAUGGAGCAGUGGGAGGCGGCGCGGCGCAACCUCGCCCCGCUGCGCGCCCUCACCGACCCGGUCAUGCUGGGCACCGAGAACAUCCCCCUGCCCGGCGGACCGCGCGAGCAGCUGCAGCGGCCCGUGCUCCUCGUAGGCAACCACACGCAGUACGGAUUCUACGACCUGCCCCUUCUCCUGCAGCUGCUGUACGACAGGGGCGUCAAGGCGCGCGGGCUCGGGCACCCGGGGCACUGGCAGAGCCCCCUCGGAACCCUAUUCGAGCGCUUCGGCGCCGUGCCGGCCAACGGACGCAACAUGCUCAAGCUCCUCUCCCGCAACGAGUGCGUCCUGCUCUUCCCCGGCGGCGCGCGCGAGGUCAACAAGCGCAAGGGCGAAGCCUACCGGCUCUUCUGGAGCGACACGCCCGACCUCGUGCGCAUCGCGGCGCGCGCGAACGCCAUCAUCGUGCCCUUCACGGCCCUCGGCGGCGACGACGCCUUCGAGCUCUUCAUGGACACCGACGAGGUCCUCAACGCGCCCGUGCUCGGCCCGGCCGUCAAGACCCUGUACUCGACGUUCGCGCCGUUCCUCGAGAUCGAGGAGUCGGUGUACCCCGUCCCCGCGCUGCCGCUCCCCAAGUGGCUCCCGGGCCCGCGCCUGCCCUUCCCGCUGCCCGUCCCGCGCAUCCAGCGCAUCUACUUCAAGUUCCACGCCCCAGUGGACGUCGGGGCGCGCUGCUGCGCCCCGCGGGCGCCGGGCCGCGGGCGCGCGCGGCCGGACGUCGAGAAGUGCGCGGAGGUGUACGCGGAGGUCCAGGACACCAUCCGCGGGGGGGUGAGCGAGCUGCAGGAGCUGCGCGCGCGCGACCCGGGCCGCUUCCUGUCCGUCCGGCUGCUCGCGCAGGCGCGGGCGUACCUGCCGGACGCGGGGCUCCCGGACGGCCGCGCGGACCCUCGGCGGCAAGUUUGA